CCCGGCCGUUGCCGCAGCGGCUUCGGGUGGGGGGCGGAGCCAGGCCGCGCGCCCCGCCCCUCCCCGCCCCGCGCCGCAGGAAGCCGCGCGGCCGUGCUGCGUAUUUAUGCGGAACCGUGCGCGGGGCGGAAGCGCCCGGGAGCUCCGUCUGCAGCCCGGGUGCUGGCGGCGAGGAUGAGCCAGAGGGACACGCUGGUGCACCUCUUCGCUGGCGGAUGUGGAGGCACUGUUGGUGCAAUUCUGACAUGUCCACUGGAAGUUGUGAAAACACGAUUGCAGUCCUCCUCUGUGACUUUCUAUAUAUCUGAAGUUCAUCUCGACACUGUGAAUGGUGCUACUGUCAAUCGAGUCACUAGAGUUUCUCCUGGACCCCUCCAUUGUUUGAAGAUGAUCUUGCAAAAGGAAGGUCCUCGUUCUCUGUUCAGAGGCCUGGGUCCUAAUUUAGUAGGUGUUGCUCCUUCCAGGGCGAUAUACUUUGCUGCAUACUCAAACUGCAAGGAGAAGUUGAACAGUAUUUUCAAUCCAGAUUCUACCCAGGUACACAUGGUUUCAGCUGGUGUGGCAGGUUUUACUGCGAUCACAACAACUAAUCCCAUUUGGCUAGUCAAGACACGAUUACAGCUUGAUGCAAGAAAUCGUGGGGAAAGGCGAAUGAGCGCACUUGAAUGUGUCCAAAAAGUUUAUCGAUCAGAUGGUAUUAAAGGCUUUUACAGAGGAAUGUCUGCAUCUUACGCAGGCAUAUCUGAGACUGUUAUUCAUUUUGUUAUUUAUGAGAGUAUUAAGAGAAAACUCCUGGAGUAUAAGACUGCUUCGGCCAUGGACAAUGAGGAUGAAUCUGCAAAAGAAGCUUCGGACUUUGUUGGAAUGAUGAUGGCUGCUGCCACUUCCAAAACUUGUGCAACAUCAAUAGCAUAUCCCCAUGAGGUUGUACGAACAAGACUAAGAGAAGAGGGAACAAAAUACAGAUCUUUCUUCCAGACAUUAUCUUUGCUUGUGCGAGAAGAAGGGUAUGGAUCCCUCUACAGAGGUUUAACUACACAUCUGGUCAGACAGAUUCCAAACACGGCUAUCAUGAUGUCAACAUAUGAAGCAGUAGUCUACUUGCUCGAUGGAUAGCAGCGUGACAAGGAUUCCUAGAAGAAAGCAGAAGACUGAAAGACUGGAGUGGACCACUGAAUGUCAAUGCCAAUGUGGUGGGAAGAAGGAAAGUUGUAUCGGGAACAUGCAGCUAUGGACAAAACAGAAGGUUGAUCUUGGGCAACUAUGAAUAAUUUUAUGCCUUAUUGUAUGGUCUCUUGGCAAUGUGACACAUGGGAACUGCCCCGUACAGAAUGCCUUUGUACACCUCUUAAUUCAAAAUUGUUACUUUGGUUUUGUCUGUUAAUCUAGACAAGGUCAUUCAGUCACAUUCAGAGACCUGAUGGGUGAGAUUGGGGGGGUAAAAUAUAUUCUUGGGCAGCCUUAUUCACUUGUUAGUGAUUGCUCUCAACUACAUCCUUUUUGUUGUACUGCCCAGUAACCUGUUGGAAGAAUGAAGACGGCAGUACUUUCAUACCUUUCCAUACCUGAUACUUCAGUUCAGUUGUUCUCAAGAUUUGUAGAGAGACUGAGGUGUAGUAGUCAGUGUGUAAAGUUUUCCAUGUUUUACCUCAAGACAAAAUGUGGUGCAGGACCCAGAACACAGUUAUUUCUUUGCUACAAAAGAUGAUACUAGGUUUGGGGUGUUUUUUGACGUUUGAGCAGUGUUGUUAAGUUAGUGAGAGAGGACAUGAUUUUUGAACUCUUCAGGUUAUCAGUCUGUUAAUAUUGGUGUAUGCGGAUUUCUAGUUCUGCUGCAUCAACCUUUUUAUUUUCUGGAACUUUCCUUCCAUAAGUAAGAGAGACCUAUUAAACAUUCUCCCUGUAUCAUUGAUUUUGUUGCCAGUCUCUCAGGUCCCUCACAUAGCUAAGUAGAAACUUGCUGAAUGCAAAUUCAUAACCUUUUAAAGGAUUCUUAAUGUGAUGAGAAAUCUCAACUAGUCCAGCCUAUAAUUUGUGAAGACAGGAUUAACUCAAAUGGUUUCAUGCUACGUAAAACCAAGCUGUAUUACCCUAAAAUGUCAGGCAAAUCUUGACUUGGAUUACCAGUAUCUAUGUGGGAGUGCAGGGGGAGAACACAUCACCGUGGCUAAGGCAAACAGAAAGCGAAGUUGUGAUGGAUCUUUGCAGUGCAGACGGCCUCUGCGCAGAACAAUGGAGGAAGUUGUGACUGAGAUUUCCUUGUACGCAUUCCCCUUGUAAUUGCUGUGUCACUUCUCCCUGUUCGAGCCUGUGUACUGAACUGCAGCUGAUAGUGUAACCUUGUCCUCCCUAGUGUCUGAAUAUCCAGGCAUUGUAAGCCACGUGCAAAGCAAUGCAUUGCAUUCAGCUAGUUUUAUCUGCAAUAAUUGACAGAGUUUUCCAAAAACAUACAGCUGGAGCCUCAAAAUAAAAAGCUUAAUGUUUCAAGAGGUGGUACAGCUUUCCAAACAGGUAUCUUUUAUCUGUACCUUGAGUACUUCUCAGUCUGCAUCCAUGAUCCUUCUGAGGAAGAUGAUAAUUAUAAAUUGGGGGCAAUAGCUUUCUACAGAUAAAUGCUGCCGCACUGGUGCGGACAGAACUGUGCUAUCGACUCUUCCAGUGUGGUACUUCAGUCCACUCAAACUGGGCAUUGUGUGCAAUGGCUUUACCUUAUGAAUGGCUCCUUAUGCACUUUGUGGCCGCCUUCCGGCCUGUGACUUUUCUUCCUCUGACUGGUUAUCUGUAGUUGAACUGUGUUCAGAACAUGCAUUUUGGUUUUAAACAAAGCAUGUGGUUUGAUUUCUGUGUAAGCUGUGCAGGAUAAAACAUUUUAUGCUGUAGAUCCGUAGCAUCUCUGCAGUAGUUCUGUAGGCUGGCUGUAAAAGCUUGAAACUUACAGAACAAUCUGCCUGGGUUUUUCUCAUUUGCUUUUCUUUAUUUUGACCCUUGUCAUGUUCUCCACGCAGUAUCAGAGUAUUUGAGCGUUUUGUGUAAUUGUACUAAUUGCUCAUCCUUUGAAAAGCUGCCUAUAUUGUCUAGAGCAACCUUGCAGUGGAGGCUUAAAUCUAUUGGCUUCCUUCACCUUGGACAACCUUAUCUUAGCUUUUUAAAGACAGAGAGGCAUGGUCUGUGAUAGGACCAAAGGUGAGCUUGAUUGUUUUAAAGAAACGAGGGGAGUGCUUAAAUGUGUCUUCUCAAGUGGGUUUUUUUCUAGUGUUGUCUCUAGGAAAAGUCUGGAAUAUGAAUGAUUCUGACCUAAGUCUUGCGGGGAUGCCAUUGUUCAGAUAACAGGGUGCAAUUUCUGUUCUGUAGAAAGUGGAUUACUCUUCAGGCUACCCAGAUUAUUCAGUCAUAACCAAAAUUUAAAUUGGCAGAGACGGUAUUCAGCUUUGAAUACAAUUAACACUUGUAUUAGCCCAGUCUUCUGUUUAUUGCAUACAUUCUCCCUUGGUUAUGUGUUCAUCUUCCAUUUAUUCACUGGUACCGUGUGUGUGCGCCUUGGUUGGGAGUUGACAAGUAGGGAAUAUUAACAAGGACAGUUGAAUAUGAGAGACAACACCUAAAAAUAGACAAUCGUCCUAUUAUUCUGACUUUUUAAUGGGUGUUUAAGCAAUGUUUUAAACUUCAGGGGUGAUCUUUUGGGCUUGCUUUACGUAACAAAACAUAAACCCAAAAUUUUGGGGGAUUUUUUUUGUUGUUUUUAAUCUGGCAGUACACACAAAGUUACCUCUGAAAUAUUUCCCAAAGAUCUUUAUUUAUGUAGUUUUCUUGAUAUUUAUUAUAAAAACUCAAAGGGAAUAAGAUGCUACAUUGAGUAAUAUCUUCAACUACAGAACUGAAAGGAGUGCAUUUAAACUUUGUUGUAACUUAGAUGGUCAUCUUGAAGCCUGUUUGAAUGUAGUGUACUUGUGUGCUAGAGGCAAUUAGUUUUCUCGUAUUUCCCUUGCCUACGUGAAAUUUCAGUGUUGUUGAAGCCGUUAAUUCGCUUCGGGAGCCGCUGCGAGGCUGCAGGUUCCCGAGCGGUCAGGAGGUGGCACUGGAGCCCAGGGGACCAGGCGGGCUGCGGUGUCACCGGUGGCUGUGGAGCGCUGGGGGGACAUGGCAAGGUGGCCCGAGCUUUGAAAGCCGUUUUAAAAAUGUGCUGAAUGCAGUCGCAUUUCUCAGCCCCUCUACUACCCCUCCGGUCCCUGCAGAGCGCUGUGAAAACAGGAGGUGUGUGUUGCCAAGGGCUGAGCCCUCAGGCCAAUAAAUCUGUUUCUGUCCAAAUUGCUGAUCUGCUGGGCUGUGUUGUUGUCAAGUAGGUUUAUGCUAGGGAUUUAUGGAGUUUUUUAGGAUUUUUUUAACUGUAACUGAAACAUCACCCUGUCCACUUGCAUAUUGAUAUUGCCCCUGUCUAGUUCCCUGUUUACUUAAUGCACUCCAUAUAUUUCUUUUCGGAUUGAGGUGUUUGUUAAGGAGUUUCUGCUAUUCUGUUUUUGUUCUUAUGAUGACAUUUGUAACAUUCCUCAGACUGUAGCAUUUUAAAAGAAUGCUUCCAGAGACAAAACACUGGAGAGCCUUUAUAAAUGUUGCUUCCUGUUUAAACUGUUUAAGUUUGGAAAACAAGCUGACCACUGAAGUGUGCCUAGGUAAAUGUACUGCUUCGUUCAACUUUCUGUCUGUUAAGACUCAGUUAUGUAAGUUUUCAGUUCUUCUAUUUAAGCGAGUCUGCCUACCCUGCAUAUGUGAACAUAAUGAUGCCCUCGGAGUCAUAGCUAAACGCUCACAAGUGACAGCUGGAGAAUACUUCAGUGCUCGCGUGAGGUUUGCUAUUGUUCUUGCAUACAUGUAGUAAACUAUGUGCAUUUACUCUGUAUUUAUAUUGGUUUUUGUUUGGAUUGCUUUAAACUUCAAAGCAAAUUAAAAUGAUGUGCUUCUAUUCCA